CGUGACGGCUAACGUGCUUCGAUCAGGAGAAAUGUCCUCGCAAAAAGAUGAUGUCUAUUCUAAUAUAUUUUGAUGMUGUAGUGUAUAUUCUGCCAGUGCCUUACCAGGUACCAGAUACCUUACCUGAAAGAUGCUCAAUUUUAAAAGGAGGAGACACACCGAAAAWUAACGAAUGUGUCAAAAGCUAAUAAUGACAUGGACAGUAUAAAAAGACAGACARAAGGAAGUUUAAAUAUUUGCUUGCAUAAUUUGCUUUAAGCUCCCAAGCGGCAAUAUUCUUUAAGCAGACUUUGCGAUGCAUGCCGGAUCAUCCAGGCACAAGAUCCAGCCCCCGGCCAAUCACCAAAUCAACUGACUUGCAUCGAUCCGUGUCCCUUAUUAGCUGGUUCCCACUUGAUUUGCAUUGUUUCGUCUCUAAAAGAUGAUCGAAGGCAAAUCAUCGGUAUCCAUGAAUAUUUCAUGGGUUUUUCAUGGUCCAUGAUAUCAUAGUUUAGUUUUUAUUGUGUUAUGAAUAAAAGAUCAAUUCUUCCCCGACAAAUCUGGGGACGAUAAAUUUUGUUUCCUUUUUUGUGAAGCGAUGAAUAUUCCGCUGAGGAACCGAAUUAUCGUCACUGCUAUCUUGGCGUUGAUUGUGGCGGCACAAUGUUACCCAGCUAAGACGAAAAAGGGAGGAGGCCAUCACAGACGUCAYCAUAGAGGUCAUGGAAAGUCCAACACCAAAAAAGAUUCCGUUAACCAGCGUUUUAUGGGAGCCACUAUGAUGCGCCCUGGUAAACUUGGCAUGUCCGAAGAGAGGGAAAUGGAUAACUUUCAGGAUUAUAACAAAGCUUUCAUGAACAGCGAAAUGGCGGCGGAAUCCUCUCUUCUAGCCAAUCAAGGAAUUGAUGACGACUCCGCUCUAAAGAUUUCUAACAUGGCUGCAAUGCCUAAUGGGAUGGAAGACCGUGCAUCUUCCAAAAAAGCAAUGUCAGGUCGAAUUAAGGGAAACCCCAUGUCAUUCAGUAAGCCUAACGUUGCAGGAUUCCAACCAGAUGAGUACCUACUCGACGCUAACUCAUGGCCAGAAUACAGAAUCAAAGAUUCUGAUUACAAUAACAAGAAUUACCGAGUAUUUCCUCAAGGGGGAGGGUACCAAGGAGGAUACAUGGGAGCUGCAAUGCCUUACGGCCAAACAGCCGCUGCUGGAAUGGAAGGUCCCUAUGGUGAUGGUAACUAUGGCUUCCCCCCGGCUGGAGCACAACGCAUGGUUAAUGACGAGCAAGAACAAGCACAGGAACAAGCACAAGAGCAAGAGCAAGACCAGCCUUCACCUGUCUACCAAGAUGAAGGUACCCCCAUGUCAAUGCCUCUACCUACAGAUAGAAAGAUGAGGCAUCACAGAAAAAUGAAGAACCCCGCGAGCGAGAAUUAUGGAGAUGAAGCUCAACCACCAAGUAAAGCUCACAAUGAAAGGGGAUCGGGAAGCGGGAAUAGUGAUGGCUCAGGAAGCGGCAGCCACGACACGUCUAAACUUGUGCCUGGAAUGCAAGAUCAAGGAAAGGCAAAAACAGGAGAAGGAGCUGGAAAGGUAACAGUUGACACAAAACCAGAUGGUACAGUCGUCACAUCAAAGGCUGACUCCUCCUCUACUGGAAGUCCCGUAAAAUCUGAACAAAGUAAAACGGAAUCUAAAGCCCAGGAAAMCUCUUCUCCUCAACAAACACAGAAUGAGAAUUCAUCCAGCAAGGGUACAGAAAAUACCGGAAGUUCUAGCGAUAGUAAGGAAGGAAGUAACAGUGAUGCCGCACAUUCAACUCUUGGAGAUUUUGCCAAGUUCUUGAAAUCAAAAGGCAUAACUUUGACCAUCAAUAAAGAGAAUAAAGAUGCAAACAAACCACAGACAUCGCAAGAAAAAGAAAACUCUUCUCCUGCAAAAYCACAACAAGAAGCCGGUCCACAAACGGAUAAAUCCGGAGCUUCUGCAAUCCUUCCAUCUACAGGAGAACCAACCUCAGACACAGCUGGUAAUCCUACAAUAAAUAUCAGUCCACAGUCGAAUGACGAUCAGCAAGUCCCAGAAAGACCUUUACAUACAGGGGUGAUGCGCUGGCAAAAUCUUAACAUGGCUCCUCAGGAGGAAAACCAAAUGGGAGAACUUUUUUUACGACACAAAACUAAACCACAUCACUAGAGACAAUUGUCACAAGCUGUUUCAUCAAAAACUGUUCAGAAUACAUACAUUGUUUCCRAUGGAAACAAACUUUAUCAAUACCAAGAAUUGCUAGUCUUGAUUUGAAGGAAGUCAGUACUGUACAUCAAAGCAUGCAAUAAAUUGUGAUUAAAUACUAGUAUCAUGGUUCAA